AUGUCGAACGCGCUUUUUUCUAUUAUCAGCAAGCGUGUGCUUGCUGAAUCUGCUGGUAAUCACUUUGGAAUGGAGGAUCCCUAUUUCGAAGAAGUACCCGCUUCUCGACUUGGUCGCGCCGUUGGCAAGAAGAAGCAAAAGCGCCGCAAAGCGAUUCCACCAGGAUUGUCCGAACAUGACGCCAAAAUCCUUACUCAGGUCAAACGUCGUGCAUACCGACUCGAUUACUCCCUUUUCAAUCUAUGCGGCAUCCGAUUCGGUUGGGGCAGUGUGAUUGGACUCGUUCCAUUUAUCGGUGACGCUGGCGACGCUGCACUGGCCAUGAUGGUGGUGAGGACAUGUGAAGGGAUCGAGGGUGGAUUGCCGUCGCGUUUGCGGUAUAUGAUGCUCGUGAAUGUGAUCAUCGACUUCUUCAUUGGUCUCGUGCCUUUCAUCGGUGAUAUUGCAGAUGCGGUGUAUAAAGCCAACACUAGAAACGCCGUGCUUCUUGAGAAACAUCUACGUCAAAAGGGCGCCAAGGCUCUCUCCAGGCGGAACAGUUCAACCAGGAGAGACGACCGGCGGAUCAAGGAGAUCGAUCACAGUCUCCCAGAUGAGUUUGAUAAGCAGGAGAGUGGCGUCGUGGGCAGCUCCCCACCAACAUACCAAGAGCAUGACUCUGGUAGAGAUAGGGCCACAGCCAGCACCCACCCAGCGCGACCUUCACCUGCUAAGCCAGCUCGGCCCAACCGAUCCGUUGCCAGGUGGUUUGGUGGAGCAAGCCAUCCACAAGAGGACCCAGAACGUGGUGCAUGA